UGGGCCAAGUCAUCUUUGGUGCAUUGUGUUGAUUCAUGUGAAGGUACCAUCAAGUAUUUACGAUGAAGUAGGGAGCUCGAUGAACAAAGGCAAUAUCACCGUGUCUGAGGCUAGUCCCCCGAGUGUAGUGAAAGCUUUUCGUGCUCAAUUUCAACAAGAUCUUAGGUUGUUUCUCAAGUGUCGUUCCAAUGAAGUUGUAACCAAUGGGCACAUGAUACUAGCAGUUCUUGGAACCUCAUCUAUGGAACCUCGUCUACAUUGGUCGACCAAAGUCCUCUCUCAAGCCAUAACUAAUCUAGUUUCCAAGGGACUAAUCACGAAAGAGAAAGCACACUCGUUUGCAAUGCCAUUACAUUUUCCCUCAAAAGAAGAAGUCCAGAAAAUUGUUAUUGAAGAAGGAUCAUUUACAAUUGAAAAAAUAGAGACAAUUGUUGAGGACGCUGCAAGCGAAGUUAAGGAUGUAGAAGUUAGGGCUGAAGCCAUAUCCAAAGCUAUAAGGGCUGGCAAUGAAGUCUUGGUUUCACAUCACUUUGGAGAUCAAGUAUGGUUUGAUUUGUACCCUGAGCUUAAACAAGCUAUUUUGCUGCACUUGAAAAAUGAACCAGUUGAAAUGUUCAACAUCAUUUUCAUGCUUAAAAAAAUUGUUUGAUUACAAAUUGAUUAGAUUCUCAAUAUUUUUUUCUAAUAAUACUCCAUUUUUGAGGUAUCAAUACUAUCUAUUUUGUAACAUAGACCUACAAAUUUCGAGAUAACCUAAUACCCCUUUGAU